CCUCCACCCCCACCUGCAAGUCCACCUAACUCUACUUCUGCGCAGGCUCCAGGAGUUGUUUGCUGUCUCUAUGGCAACCCGGUAGCUGGAGUCUGAAGAUGGAGACCAACGAGUCUACGGAGGGAUCGCGGUCGCGAUCUUUAGACAUACAGCCCAGCUCCGAAGGACUGGAGCCCACCUCGGAACCGUUUCCUUCUUCAGAUGACAGUCCUAGGUCGGCCCUGGCAGCUGCAACCGCAGCAGCUGCAGCGGCUGCAUCAGCUGCUGCAGCUACUGCAGCCUUCACCACCACCAAAGCAGCUGCAUUAUCUACAAAGACCCCAGCUCCCUGCUCUGAGUUCAUGGAGCCAUCCUCUGACCCCAGCCUUCUUGGGGAGCCCUGUGCGGAACCCAGCUUUACCCACAAUAGAGCCCAUGGGAGUCUUGGCUUUGAGCCCGUCUAUGUUUCCUGUAUUGCUCAGGACCCUUGCAGUACAACCGACCAUAGUUCUAACUCUGGCGUUGUUCCAGGCUCUAGCUCUGGGCCUGUUCUUGGCUCCAGCUCAGGUGCUGGCCAUGGCUCUGGCUCUGGCUCUGGCUCUGGUCCUGAUCAUGGCUCUGUCCCUGGCUCUGGCUCUGUCCCUGGCUGUGGCUCUGUCCCUGUCUCUGGCUCUGGUCGUGGUCCUGGCUCUGGUCCUGGUCAUGGCUCUGGCUCUCAUCCUGGUCCUACCUCUGGGCCUGGUCCAGGCACUGGCCCUGACUCUGAGCUCAGCCCCUAUAUUCCUCCAGGGUUCAGAAACCUGGGGGCAGAUCGGGUCCCUAACUAUACCUCCUGGAGUCAGCACUGCCCCUGGGAGCCCCAGAAACAACCACCUUGGGAAUUUUUGCAAGUCUUAGAACCGGGUGUCCGAGGACUAUGGAAACCCCCAGACAUUAAAGGGAAGCCUACAAUUCACUAUGAAACAUUGCCACGGGGCCAGUGCCUCCUCUACAACUGGGAGGAAGAGAGAGCCACCAACCACCUGGAUCAAGUCCCAAGCAUGCAGCAUGGCUCUGAGAGUUUUUUCUUCCGACACGGACACCGGGGACUGCUGACUAUGCAACUAAAGUCACCCAUGCCCCGCAGCACCACCCAGAAAGACUCCUACCAGCCACCAGGAAAUGUCUAUUGGCCACUUCGAGGGAAGCGUGAAGCCAUGCUGGAGAUGCUUCUGCAGCAUCAGAUCUGUAAAGAGGUACAGGCAGAACAGGAACCCACAAGGAAGCUCUUUGAGGUCGAGUCUGUGACACACCAUGACUACCGAAUGGAGCUGGUGCAAUCAGGGACUCCUGCCCCAACAAAGCCUCACGACUACCGCCAGGAGCAGCCUGAGACCUUCUGGAUACAGAGGGCACCACAGCUACCGGGUGUCAGUAACAUCAGGACAUUGGAUACACCUUUCCGGAAGAACUGCAGCUUCUCAACACCAGUACCCUUGUCUCUGGGGCAACUUUUGCCCUAUGAACCUGAGAACUACCCCCACCAAUUGGGAGAAAUCUCUUCCCUUUCCUGUCAGGGAGGAAGGCUGGGUGGUGGAGGGGGUGAAUGACUCCUGUCAGGGGUGAGGAGGGAAGUGGGAUAUGGAAUAUGGAAUCUAUUUCUGUCUGCACUAGAGAGGUCAGGAGGAAGUUAAUUCUCACUGUACUUGAAGAGGCUUUAC